GGACCAUCCACCCAGCUGAAAUUUUAGGUGUCUUGAUUUUCCUUUUAUGCCAUCUUUCUUUCUGUCUUUGGUUUCUCUACACACUGGUAAAAUGGCUUCGGUGCAUGACAGAGCCGUACUCCAGGCUAUAUUCAACCCUACAACCCCCUUUGGAGACAUCCCUGGCUUGAACCAGGAGGAGGAAUUAAUUGAUGAUGACAGUGGCUUUGACACAGAGUUGCUGAAGCAAGUGAAAGAGUUGGAGAUGCGGGGUGUCUCGGCGGCUGAGGCUGGGGAUUUGCAAGCUGCACUUCAACUGUUCAGCCAGGCAAUCCAGAUCCUGCCUCAGCGAGCCUCAGCCUAUAACAACCGGGCACAGGCCCUACGGCUGCAGGGGAACACAGCAGGAGCUCUGCAGGACCUGAAUGAAGCCAUCUCCCUGAGCGGCGGCUGUGGACGGACCGGCUGCCAGGCGCUGGUGCAGAGAGGCCUUUUACGUAGAUUAGUUUGCCAGAAUGAUGAAGCCAGAGCAGACUUCGAGAAAGCGGCUGCGCUCGGAAAUGAGUUUGCUCGACAGCAGGCGGUCGUACUUAAUCCGUACGCAGCUCUGUGCAACCGGAUGCUGUCGGAGGUCAUCAACAAGCUGCGCAAUCCGGAAGUACCCGAAAUGGAGUAGCUAAAGCUGUUACCAAAACACCUUUUCUGUGAUGAAGUCUGUGAGAAAUAAAAUGUUUUUUUUUAUUUUUAA